UCCCCCCGCCCCCCAGCCGAGCCCUGCGGUCCAGACCUGGGCACUGACUCGGACCCGGACACGCUGCCGGACUCAGACCACCAGCACUGCACUCGACGAGAGGCUCUGGUCCGCCUGAACACGUCCUGCCCCGGCCCGGUCCACAGUUGGCUGAAAGAGACUCGAGUGACAUUUAAUUCAUCUGAAACAAUGGCAGCGCAGGACUUUAAUUUCUUGCUCGCGACGGAUUCGUAUAAGAUCACACACUACAAGCAGUAUCCUCCAAACGUCAGCAAGAUCUACUCCUACUUUGAAUGCAGACGCAAAAAAGGCUCCCAGUUCAGUGAAGUGGUUUUCUUCGGGCUCCAGUAUCUGCUCAAGAAGUACCUGACAGGGCCCGUGGUCACGGAGGAGAAGAUCCAGGAGGCCAAGCUUUUCUACCAGAUGCACUUCAAGCAGGCCGUGUUCGAUGAAGACGGCUGGAGGCAGAUCCUGGAGAAACAUGACGGUCGCCUGCCGAUCCGGAUCAAAGCUGUGCCCGAGGGGAGGAUCAUUCCUCGAGGAAACGUCCUCUUCACUGUGGAAAACACAGACCCCAGCUUCUACUGGCUCACCAACUACAUCGAGACGAUGCUGGUCCAGAUGUGGUACCCCAUCACCGUAGCAACCAUAUCCAGGGAGUUUAAGAAGAUCUUGGCCAAACACCUGAAGGCCACGUCGGGGAGUCUGGAGGGCCUGGACCUGAAACUGCACGACUUCGGCUACAGAGGAGUCUCGUCCCAGGAGUCUGCAGCGUUGGGCGGAGCAGCUCACCUAGUUAAUUUCUGCAGCACGGACACCGUAGCGGGGCUGCUGAUGGCUCAGAGAUAUUAUGGCUGUCCCAUGGCGGGUUUCUCCAUCCCAGCAGCCGAGCACAGCACCAUCAUCUCCUGGGGCCGGAACAGGGAGAAGGACGCCUUUGAGCGAAUCCUGGACCAGUUCUCGUCCGGCCCGGUGUCCGUGGUCAGCGACAGCUACGACAUCUUUAACGCCUGUAAGCACAUCUGGGGAGACAAGCUGAAGGAGCAGGUGAUGGAGCGGAGCCAGGACUCGUGUCUGGUGAUCCGGCCGGACUCCGGAGACCCGGCCGAGACGCUGAUCGAGGUCAUCAAGAUCUUGGAGGAGCGGUUCGGCUGUUCUCUGAACUCCAUGGGGUACAAGGUUCUGCCGUCGUACCUGCGGAUCAUCCAGGGGGACGGCAUCGACCUCGUCUCUGUGGACCAGAUCCUGCAGAAGCUGAGUGACGAGGGCUGGAGCGCCGAGAACGUGCUGUUCGGCUGCGGCAGCGCUCUGCUGCAGAAGCUCAACCGAGACACGCUGAGCUGCGCCUUCAAGUGCAGCUACGUGGAGAACAACGGCAAGGGGAUGGAUGUGUACAAGCAGCCGGUCACCGAUCUGUCCAAGAGGUCAAAGAGGGGGCGCUUAUCCCUGAGGAGGAACUCGGACGGGUUCCUGGAGACUGUGGAGAGAGGAGCUGGCAAGCCCGAGGAGGACCUGCUGGUGACCGUGUUUGAGAACGGCAGCCUGCUGCAGGACUACUCCCUGGAGGAGAUCAGGAAGAACGCGCGGCUGAGUGACGAGGAUCUGGGCCAGCAGCAGCAGGAGCUGCAGCACAACCACAUCAUCAACGGGGUUCACUAGAGACAAACGUCCCGGCCCGGGUUCCACACGGGGCGUUCCAGGAACGCUCCCGUCACCACCAGCCCAGGAGACUCUUCCCUCACUCCCACCUCUCACACGGAGGAGUGUACGCUGUCGCACGUGCCGUCACGUGACCGCGGCCCAAGCUCAGGGUCAGACACUAAGCUAAGUUACUCGGGUCGUUUCUGGAAGGUCUUCCCGGCGAGUCCGACGCUGCUGAUCAACACUGGAAUGCUGUUUUCAUAUUGUUCAGCAGAUAUUUGAAUCUUUAUCAGCUUUUGUUUCACGUAGAGUCAAGAAAAAUGAAAUAAAUGAAUAAAUGCAGCGCCGCCGCACCACCACCAGGGAGGGACAGAUGCAACAGACGCCUCAACCGCCAGGCGUGGAAACGGGUCACACCCAUGUGCACGUGCUGGUAUUUAAUGAUGCCACCACCGUAUUUAUUGACGAGCACUGCCGGCCACAUGAAGCACACGUGACUGCACUGCCACAGAAGUAGUAGAAGUAGUUGGAUCUAUUUCACACAGUUUGACUAUAACUAUGCAUUUUUUCUGUCUAACGGCACUUGAGAUUUUAAGUGUCAGCUUCUGGGACUGAUGAUAGUAGCACAUGUAGGAAUAUUUAGUGUUUUAAAGCAAAUACGCCUCUCCAGUAAUCUGUCAUCUGUAAUCUGUCAGUAAUCUAAGUGUAACUCUGCAGAGCCAUUCUCACUGUCGGGCUCAAAGGUUUCAUAUCAUUCACAAAGAAACACGUGGACUUCCUGCUUCAGAUCAUUUAGGAUUGCAAAUGUCAGAAUACAGAGAAUUUUUACAGAUCUUUUUAUUUAUAUGAUUUUCUUAAAGGGGACCUAUUAUGAAAAACACGUUUUAUCCGCCAUUUUUCGUAGAGGUGUAUCGUGAUGGCGUCUGUUCGACCUAGACAUGCAAAUUGCUCUGUUGUUGGUUGUAAAAACCAACACAAAUGUCUGUAUUCUGUCUUUGUGCACUCCCCCCUGCUACGCAUCAUUCAGGCAGCCAAUCAGCACAGAGCCUCAUUAUCAUAGCCCCGCCCACUCAGAAUCCUGCAUAGAUAAUGAGGUUAGAGAAUGGGAAGAUAAAGACAUGGCUCAGAGGCUGAAUUUCUAAUUUAUUUAGCAAAAACAAUCAAAAGCUUGUUUUUAAGACAUUCAAGGCCUGUUUAAAAUAAGUAUUAGAUGCCAUAAUAGGUCCCCUUUAAGUUACAUUUAAUCAAUAUUUGGUUGGAUUGUUUUUU